AUGUGCAAGGAUUAGUGUUAAAAUAACAAUUAAAAUAACAUUUAUAUCUGUUUACAGAGCAGAGUACUUGCAGUCUAAUGUGGACAAUCCUUAUGGGCAGUACUUCAUGAAUGGCAAAUGUUCUAAGGAUUUUGUUUUGUUUUGUUUUGCAGGAGGAUGAUGACAAACCUGAGGACUGUAUACCCGACUCUCCAGGCAAUCAAGAUGCACAGGAAUUUCAUGCGCCCACUAAAGGUCUCUGGAUGCCCCUUGGCAAAGACGUAAAGGUCAUGCAGUGCUGGAGGUGUAAACGCUAUGGCCAUAGGACAGGGGACCGAGAAUGUCCAUUUUCUAUCAAAGGAAAUCAAAAAUUGGAGCAGUUCCGUGUUGCACACGAAGACUCCAUGUAUGACCUGCUCAGAGAAAACAGGUUACAGCAGUUACAGCAGCUGCUGGAUGACACCACCUCAGACUCGAAAUGCAGUAGCUUCAGUUCUUCAGACUCUGGCAAACGCAAAAAGAAAAAAAAGAAAAAGAAAAAAGAGAAGAAAAAGAGGAAGAAGAAACAAAAGCACAAGUCCUCCAAAUCAAGCAGCGGCUCGGAUUCAGACUAAGAGCUAAAAACAGUUCAGCAAGCAAAACGCAAGCAAAUUUGUGCUGAGCUCUGAGGUGAGAAGAUUCUUCAGAUAAUGUAUGAGCAUAAUGAAAGCCCUAGGCAUCUUUCUCACUGUACGACUCUUCUGUUCACUCUAGUAGCAAUGACAGACAGUGCAAGUCCUUUCAUCCUUACUGGUGUAAUGGGGACAAUGCAUGUACUUUUCUGACUUCUGUUUCUUACAGAGUGACAGGUUAAUUAGCCAGCAUUCAUUCUGCACCUGGAUCUAGACAGGAUAAUAUGUGUUGUAUUGGUUGAUCAGAAUUCUGUAUAUUAUGCCUGUAAGUAUAUCUAUUGACCAUCAAAAGUAAUGACCAUUUCUGGUAUAUGUUUUUCAUUGUUUGCACAAGAGAAAAUGGUAUUAAUCUCAAUUAUUUUGAAGAAAAAUAUAUCAGUGCUCAGGCAAAAUACAAUACUCUUAUUUAAGCAGUGAUCUGUUGUAUUACUAUGUCUAAAAUGAGAACUAAUAGUUGUUUGCACAAAAAUAUGUAAAUACAUCAGAUAAUUCAAGUCACAAACAUAUGCACAGAACAGUAUUGUUUUGCAUGCUGUUAAAUAUCAACAUCUCCAGCUUACAACACCCAUCUUAAGUCUGGUUUCCUAGACUCCAAAUUAUCUUGAAAUACGUAAUGCUAGCUUUGGUAAGGUAUUCCAAGAUUAGUGCUUAUCUGGGUCUGUGACUCCAAGCAUAAAUGUGAGUGUGUGUGUAUUACACAUGCA